CACAAAAGCAAAAGUUUCAUUUUAUAUACAUUCAUCGGUUCAAUUUUCUCUAAUUGAGGGAAAAGAAACAAUGAAGUUUUUGUUUCAGUGUCCCUGUUGUUCUUGUUUCUGUUUCUUGAAGCCGAAAAAGGGUAAGCCAAAGGAGGCAUCCAAGCCUAAAGAGGCUUCCAAACCUAAAGAGGCUUCCAAACCAAAGGAGGAGGAGAAGAAGGUAGAGAAAGCAGAGUGAUUUCAUAUGAAAAUAAUGGAAAUUGAAGUUCCACUUCUAGUAAGGCAUUCUAAGUAUGUGUAUUUUAUGAUGCAGAGUUAAUAAAAGUGAAUGCUUUGUUUGAAAAUGAUGAGUUUUUAAGAACUAAUUUAUUGGCAUAAUAUGAAGGAGAUGAAAUCUUCUAUUAUAUUCAAGUUGUCUAACUCUGUUUCUUAGACUGUCAAGAAUUUGUUUGAUGUGUUUGGUGUUUAAUCUAUGUUAUAUAUUAAUGGAAAGUAUGCAUUCUUUAAUGAAGUUUUUAUUGAUAAA